AUGGCUGAGCAAAUUGUAUCUGGUGUUGCUGAAAACCUCAUUAACAGAAGACUCAAAGAUGAUGUGCUUCAUCCUUCUGAAGACUUGCUAGAUGAUUUUCUUAUUCAAAAUAUGAGACACAAAAUAGAUGAAUCUCAUAAGAACAAACUGACCCAGGAUUAUAAGCUUGUUGAGCCAAUCACAUGGAAACCAAAAUAUCUCUGUGCUUGCUAUUGUUGGGAUUGGUGGUUUGGGGACUCUUGCUCAGUUGGUAAGAAAUACUUGUUAGUCCUAGAUGACAUUUGGAACGAAAGUUUUGAAAAAUGGGCUCGGUUGAGGACUUAUUUGAUGUGUGGUGCUCAAGACAAUAUGGUUUUAGUAACAACUCGUAGCAAAGUUGUAGCCCAAACAAUGGGUGUAAGUGUCCCCUAUACUCUGGAUAUUUUGAACCCAAUUGCAUCUUGGAGUUUGUUGAAGAAAAUUAUUACAUAUGGUGAUGAGACUAAAGGAAUUGAUCAAAUUCUUGAACCAAUUGAUGAAGAUAGCAUCAUGCCAGUGUUGAAACUAAGUUACCAAAACUUGUCGCCUCAAUUAAGAAAAUGUUUUUCUUAUUGCUCUUUAUAUCCUAAGGAUUGGGAAAUAGAGAAGGAUGAGUUGAUUCAAUUGUGGAAGGCACAAGGUCAUCUUGGAUUUUCAGAUGAAAACCAGACCAUGGAAGAAAUCGGUAAUCAAUUUGUGAAGAUUUUCUUGAUGAAGUCAUUUUUCCAAGUUGCUCAAUAUGAUGAGGCAUUUCCAGUUUGGAUUUGCAACCUUCUGUCACUUGAAUAUAUCUACAUUGGAGAAUGUCAAGUUUUAGCUUCACUACCUGAUGAAAUGCUCCGCCUUACUAAAUUACAGACCCUAGAAAUCAUUGGAUGUCCCCUCUUAAUUGAUGGCUUAUUACAUGUUGUGAUUUCAGUGUUAUCAGGUUUCUUCCAUAUUGCAAUAGCCAGACCUUUUGAGUGUGUCAAAGACAUCUGUGACGACAAAGAACUCUGA